AUGCAAAGAGACUAUAUAAUCUCGCAUUCGUUGUGCAAAAACUUUGAUAAAGGUUCUCUGUCUGUAAGUCGCAUUUAUUGUGCAAAAACUCUGUGUAAUUCAAAAACUGAAGAUGUUGAAGUGCAAUGUCAAAAAAAAAAAAAAACUGACCAAAGUAAGAAUGAAUAA